AGCUUUUACGUGCGAGUGACGAAAUCCAGCGCAGCUAAGUAGUUUGAAAAGAGAAAUAUAAAUUAUUUGUGAUGAAGUAGCCUUGCUUUUCUGACCCAUCAUAUUUAAUCUCUCAUUACCUAUUAGGCAAGUUAGUUUGAGAUAGUUACACGAAUAACCUCGCUGCUUUUAUAAUUUAUUGGAUAUAAAAACGAACGCUGUCCAGUGUGGACUUCAACAGUAUUCCAAUGACGUUUCAUCCUUGUCAAGUAUUAUAUAUUGUGCUGUUGGUUGCUGUGCCCGUGUCCGAGUCCUUAAUCACAGAGGGGCCACUUCCUCUUCCAUUGAAGGAAUGCUACGAGCGUCAUUACAGUAAACCCUUAUCACAGGUUGUCGGCAAGACUCUGUGUUGGAUGUGUGAAGCUCCUGUUCUAAGAAAAACUGAAGGCGUGGUCAAACAAUUGUUACCGGCACAGAAAGCAUAUAUCGAUGGUCUAUAUAAUUCCGUUGAGAAUCAUCAUAGAGGGAAAAGACAGGCGCCAAGAUGUUUAAGAAAGGAGUAUCGACGACUCACAGAUGAUGAGAGAAGCGCUUUCCAUCAAGCUGUUAAUGCAUUAAAAUACGACACGUCAGUAACACCGAAUAGAUAUGACGCUAUUGCUUCACUUCAUACUGGCACUGCAUCCUUAGUAGCUCAUGGUGGACCACUUUUUCCUAGUUGGCAUAGAAUAUACCUUUUAAUGUUUGAAAGGGCUUUACAGGAAAAGGUUCCUGGGGUAUGCUUACCAUACAUAGAUAACACCAUUGAAAGUGAGGUAGACGUCAAUGAGAUAUCACAUUUGUUUUCAGAAGAUUUUGCCGGAACAGCUAAUGGUGUUGUCACGUCGGGUCCAUUCGCUAACUGGACAACUCCCGUUGGUCCGUUAACUAGAAAUGUUGGUAACCAAGCCGUACCAAUGUCUAAAUUGCAAUUAGAUGGCAUAAUGUCACGUAAUUCAAUGGAAGAAAUCAAUGAACCAUCUGAAAAUGCAGAAUUUAGUUUGGAAUUUAAUCACGGGGCUUUUCACAUUUUUAUCGGAGGUCACAUGGAAAAUUUAGACAGGGCGUCGUUCGAUCCGUUAUUUUUCCUUCAUCACUGCUACAUAGACAAAGUCUGGCAAUUAUUUCGUGAAAAACUGCGUAGUAUUGGUGUUGAUCCAAACAUUUACCCUGAAAUGUCUAACACUCCAUCACUUCAGAUCGCUAAUGCACUUCUUGGAUUUGGUAACGUGACAGCAUCGGAAAGUUAUAGUGAUAUAUUUGAAUUAUAUGACUACGAGCCAGCACCAGAAUGUAGCCAAAUAAAUCCAAGUUGUGGUUCAACAAAGUACCUUCAAUGUAAUACAGACACGUGGAGAUGUGUACCAGUUGAUCCGAAUACAGUAACAGGGCCAAUUAAUCCCGGGCCAGUUAGUCCCGGGCCUAUUAAUCCCGGGCCAGUUAGUCCCGGGCCUGUUAAUCCCGGGCCUAUCAACCAUGGUCAAAACUGCUCUAAAAGGGACAAAAAAAGGUUUAUUCGAUCUCCAAAAUCUUGUCAGAACACAUUUUGUAUUGAUAGCAAAUGUGACAUUAACCAGUGGAUUUAUAUUCCAGUUAAAAUCAUCACAACCCGACCUCCUGAAUUUAAAGGAAGUCUAUCAUUUCCUGUAAAAAAUGGACAUGUUGAAACUGGAGAGGAUAUUUAUGGGCUGUCAGCAUACACGAAUGUCAAUCAGUAUGUUAAGCCGAGACUUGUUGAACCUAAAGGUUAUGGAAACUGUGAAGAUACUCAAGGUAUAGGCCAAAUUUUCAUUUCUUCGCAAGGUAUUAAUUAUGAGGGUUAUUAUUCUGAAUCAUCCAUCGUUGAUCAACGUCUUGCUACGUCAAUGAGCAUUGCAUACAUGGCAGUAAAGAAUAUGGGACGGACUGGAAAAACCACUGCACUUUUGAGAGCUUUUGAUCAAUGCGGACGUAUUUGUCACACGGCAUGCAAAGUUCCUGGUUCUAAUCCGGCAAAAUAUCGGCCAUGUUCCGGAGUUGUUAAUAUCACGCCCGAUCUACCUAAACAGUACGGAACUUCCUACGGAGAGGCACUGCUUGAUGUUUGGGGUUACAGAAAUGACAGAGAGUGUCCCACUUUUGACACAGACGACUUUUUUAUAUCUUUCUAUUGUGAUUAUAAAGAUCGAUUACCAUGGGUGAAAGAACUACCAAAACCAGUUCCACCCCCGGCACCUUUACCAAUUGUUACACAAGGUUGUCAAGUGUCACCAGGAUGUACUGUAGAUAUAGCAUGUGAAAACAAGAGAUGUAAGAAAUACGGCGCAAGGUUCCCCUGUAUGGAUGAUUGUUCCCAAUAUGCACUUUGCGUUUACGGUCAGUUUAGGUCGAGAUCAUGUCCACGUGGAAUGAUAUAUAGCUCCACUAGAAAUACCUGUGUUAUAGGAACUUGCUCGAAUACCAAGGUAAUUGGUGGUAGGGAUCAAAUGUUUUCAAUGUUUAAUACUCCAAUACUAGGUUAGUCGGUACAUCGUAGAAACUUUGCUCAACGUGACUAUAUACUCUAUAUAUAAUUGCGCCAUAUAAAAUAUACCAAUGUUA